AGGCGAUUUCACCGCUUCCAACAAAUGGACUUUGAGCUUGCAGCAUGGCAGUUGACUUAUCUCUGCCUCGCGCCGAGGAGGGUUUACCGAAAUGUUUAUUUUCACAAACAAACGAAAAAUACUUGGUCAAGAGACGACCCUGCCAUUUUGGUCCUUAUUGGAGCGUGUCUGUGUGUAUCCGCCAUCGCUUGGGGCAUUAUUUACUCGAGGGAUAUUUGGAGCAUCAUCAAUUUGGCCGUAACCAUGAUUUUGCGCGACUUCCUUCUAUCAGGAAUAGUGAUAUCAACCAUUUUAUGGUUUACUGCCAAUCGUCUGCUCCUUUCACCGCCGUCACAUUCCACGCCAGCCGACUCGAGAGUAGAAUGGGCAUACGCCUUCGACGUUCAUACGAAUGCUUUCUUUCCUCUCUUCCUCACUCUUUACCUUGCACAGCUCUUCCUUCUGCCAAUCGUCCUCAAGGACAACUGGGUGUGUCUAUGGGUUGGUAACACACUAUACCUAGCUGCGUUUGCCCAAUAUACCUACGGAAUCUACCUCGGACUCAGCGCUCUACCGUUUUUAGUCCGCUCAGAGCUCCUACUCUCCCCUCUACUCCCACUCUUCACAGCCUAUAUUGUCUCUUUGUUGGGUUUCAAUGUGGCUAAGCAUGUUCUGAACGCAUACUUC